UUGUUCCUUUCAGUGUCUCUGUCCGUGCCAAAAAACACUACCCCUAGAGGUUCAAGCUCAGGGGAAACAGGAGACACUCCAAUUUCAGAAGAAAGUCUCAUUCAACCCUCUGGAGGGGCUGGUCCUUCUUUCAGCCCAUUGAGGAGGUCCCCACCAGCACACAGUUCUCCUGGGUCCUCUUCCACACCACAGAAUCCCACCUCUCCACCCAUACACUCCCCUCAUCUUCCUCACUCUCACCCUUCUCCCUUGGGACAUCCCCCAUUGCAUCCGGGAACUCCUCAUAGGCCUGUCACCCUAAACCCACCUAGACCUGGGAAUAGCCACUUGAGCACCAAUGGGAUUAGAAGUCAACCCCUCUCAAGUAUGCCAAAUGGCCCUUCUAACUCUCCCCAUCAAGACAAGGAUGGUCCUUUCCGACAGCCACCUGUCAAAAAGCCCCCUCCUAAGCCUGUAUGGGUGGAUGUUUCUGUAUUGCCAAGAAUACCAAAAAUUAAAAGGGACAGUACCUCCAGUGCAAAUAGUAACAGUGGCAGCAGUAGCAGUACUUUGCCUGGGUCUUCAGCGAACAGCUUAGCAGGCAAUACAGGAAGGGAACGUACCGUUGACCAACAAGGUACAGGUGCGAGUCAGCAAAACAGGACGGUGGAUGCUCAGAGGCAAAGAGCAGACAAAACUGGUGCUUCAUCAUCAUUUUCUAGCUCUUUCACCUCUACUACAUCAUCUUUUAGUGCCUCUUCAAACUCACGCCCCUCCUCUUCUUCUGUCAGUUUCCGUAUAAACACUAGCGGAAACCCCUGGCAAGCUCGGCGACUUCCUGCAUCAGGAGGGACUCUGCCUGGAGGUCAUGAUGAAUCAAUAAAGAGGAAUAAUAAAAGUAAACAGAUGCUGUUGUCUUUAAGAGCAAAAGCCAAAGAGGAGAAGAGUGAGGUCUAUGAUCCCUUUAACCCUACAGGGUCUGAUUCCUCUGAUAAUGAACCAGAAAAUGAGGGUCCUGAUGUUGGCGUCCAAAAUACUGGACCUCGGGUGCCAAUUGGAGCCUGUCAUCCAAUCAAAUCUGAGCCUCUGGAUGUACACUCUGAUACAGAGAGAGGCUUGGAAAUGUGUGAAGAAGUUAAAAUGGAGCCAGAAUCUUUGUGGGACAGACCGUGCAAAGAAUCUCGACAUCAUUCAGACACAAUGCAUAGUCCAUCUCCCUCAGGAGGUCCUGCUUUGGAUUCAACUAGAUGCGAAGCAGGCAUGGAUACUGGAAGUGGUGGAACUCCAGGAAGCCCUUUUCAGAAAACUGAAGAGCACUCCAGUUCAAGCUCGUCAUGCAGUGAAAAAAAUGUUGAGGUGAAGUCUGAACCUGAGACUGGACCUCCACCCAUAAGGCCCCAAUCAAAGUCACUAGAAGAGUCUCUAGCCAAUCUACAACAAGCUUAUAAAGGAAAUGGGGUGUGUAAAGAGCUGCCUUCAGUCAGUGGUGCUUUUAAUUCUUCUAAAACCACUAAGGACAAGGAGGAAAGACCUCAGAAGUCCCAGUCCAAGGAUAGGAAGCGGCCACCAUCAAACUCUCAAAGCUUUUCAUCUAAAGACUCCCAUAAAAAGAAACACUCAAAGUUAAAAGAAAAGAGGAGGUCACGCUCAAAGUCAAGGGAUCGGCGGAGAUCCCGUUCGAAAGAGAGGCAGCAUUUCCACUCAAGAUCGAAAGAGAGGCAACGUCCGCGAUCAAGAGACCGGAGGUGUUCCUCGAGUUCCAGCAGUAGAGAAAGGAAGACGAGUGGGAGAAGAGCGAGUCAUGAGAGGAAUGACAGCCGAGGGAGAGAAAGACAUAGGAAGCGGUCUAAAGAAAGAAGGCACUCCCGAUCUCAUUCAUUUUCUAGAUCAAGAUCCAAAGAAAGGAGGAGAACAUCAAAGGAUCAGGGUGAGACUAGGCUAAAGAUGCAGAAGUCAAGAUCAACAUCUAGGGAGCGUAAAUGGCGGGAGGAUCGAUCCGAGAUCUCUCGGCGUACAGAAAGGAGCUCCCAUAAGUCUACAGAGCCCAUGUCCACUGAAUUACAUGAGCCUGAUCUUAGUGCAAACAAGAUUACAACGCCUGUGAAGACAGAGAGAGAUGCGAGACCACAUGAGUGUGAGACAACUGUUGCAUUACCAUCAGUUAAAGUUGAGAUCACGGCUCAUGGACUUGGGUCAUCAAGACAUAAUGACCCAAUCAGAACACUUCAAGAAAGCAAGGAUGAUGUUUCACUUGAGCUGCUUAAGCCUAAUGAAAUUAAACAGGAGGAACCUUGGCCCACUGGUUCUGUCAAGGAGUUGAAAGACAUCAAAAAGGAGGACGAAGUCUGUCUCAACUUGUGUGGAGAAUUAGAUGGUGUUAAAGAGAUGGAGAAAGAAGAGGUGGCAUCUUUAGACAUCUUCAGCACGGAAUCACCAAAUGUUAAUGAAAUUAAAGCAGGCAGUGCUGAUUUAGAGAAGAGCCAUGCUAGCUUACAGGAUGAGAUGAAAGGACAAGAAAUGGUUGUUGAGCCAAAAACGAUAAAAAUUGAAAAAAUAUGGCUUGAUGAAGAUGAUUCACCAAGCUGCAGUGACAACCCUCUUGUCAUCAAUUUGGAUAUGGCUGACAUAGAUGCAGUGAACUGUAAAAAGGAACCCACUGAGUCUUAUCAUUCGCCACUUUUGGAGGAGGACAUGGAGAUGUCACCUCUUCAGCCGCCAGACCUGCCAAUAAAACAAGAACCUGUUGUUUCCUCCGAUGAAGAUAUCAGUGUUGAUUACUUGAUUGAUAAUUUAGACUUCAUUAAGAAGGAAAUGAGUGAGAGCUCUGUGGCCGACUCAACAGAAGCUGCCGAUCCAAAGUCUGCCAUGCCAGAGGCUCCAGCAGAGAAUAAACAAACUACCGAAACAGUUACACCUGGUGCAAAAUCUAAAUCGCAGGGAAAACGAGUUACCUGGAAUUUGCAGGAACCAGCGGAACCCCAGUCUGAGAAAUUAAGCAAACUUGCACUCUUCAAAUUAAAACUCAAGCAAGAAGGGUCACGAAGGUCUGCUACAACCCCACAGAAUCAGGAUAAAGCUUCCUCUCAGGCUGAACCAAAAUGCAUGGCAUCGGUCUCCAGCCUGCCUCCCCAAGAUGAAUCCAUCAAACCAAAAUCCCACAAAGAAGUUUUACACGACCCCAAUCAGACAGAGAAGUACAUGAUGAAACUUCAUAUGCAAGAGCGAGCAAUAGAGGAGGUCAAACUGGCCAUAAAACCCUUCUACCAGAAAAGAGACAUCACGAAGGAAGAGUACAAAGAGAUUUUGCGCAAAGCCGUUCAGAAGGUGUGUCAUAGCAAGAGCGGGGAGAUUAACCCGGUGAAAGUAGCCAACCUGGUCAAAGCCUAUGUGGAUAAGUAUAAACAUGCAAGAAAACACAAGAAAGAGGAAACUGGGCAAAUCCAACAGGCAGACGUCCCGAAAGACUCCCAAACUCCAAUGUGAGCCCGAGGGUAACGGCUACAUGCUUUUCAGACGGUAUCUUAUAUAUAAUGGUGAUCAACAGUAGAUUUGGAUGUUUUUUUUUUAAUCUGUGCAUUUCUAUAAUGACAUGGGAAACUCUUAAGGGCUGAACAUCUUUUCAUCAGUUAUCAAAUUAAUCUUUUUGAAUGUUUGUAUGUUUUCUUUUGAAUAUAAAGAUCAUCUGGAAGUGUCCAGAUACAGAAUGGGUUGAAAAUCUUUACGUUUGCCACUGUUCAAAACGGCACCCUCUUCAAGAGGGUGUUGAAUACUAUGCUAUUUUAAGCUGAUGAUCCAACAGGAAGCUUAAGUUGUCAGAAAGGCUCUUGCAUUGUCAGACACACGUUUGUGUGUAUGUAUACGUCAUAUAUACACACACAAUACUCUUGAACCUGUCGUUCCACCAUGAAUAAUUGACACUGGAGAGCAUAGUAAUUGUUUUGUGGUUAAUGAGAAUAUAAGCAUUAUGUUGAGGAACAAGGUGCAGAAGAUCCUCUGGGAUGUUCUGUGAUCUCUCAGAAAACUACAAAUAUCUUUCUGAUAUCCAGUCAUUAUGAGACUCAAUUUGGUUCUUUAAAAUCGUUUUGUGAACUAAUAUAGGUAAAACAGGAAAACUUGCAGUAGACCUCACCCUCAUUGAAAUGCUUUUGUUGUAAAUAGAGAAAUAAUAAGGUUCUCUCAUGACACACGUGAACGGCUGUAAUUGAUCUGUUCUGUUCGUUGAAAUGUGACCGUUUUCAUUUUAAAAGCUGCCGGCUGAAUGUUUGCCAGUUGUUUUUCCUGAUUACUGUUGUUUUCUUUUUUCUGUUUGUGGACGACAUGCUUACAAACGACAUUCAGCCUAUAAAAUAAUGAACCAUUUCUUUAUGCACUUCUAAAGUUUCAAUGAAAAGUAUUAAUUAGAAAAGUUGAUAGCUAAAAGUGUAUUUCAUAAGGGUUUUUUUCUGAACCCCUUUCACUAAUUAUGUCAUUUUAAUAGCUUGAGAAAUGUUUGUAAGAUUUCUGAAUUGAUCAUGUAACUUGAGUUGCAUCUCACGGUGAGGCGUGCAGAACGUUUGGCCUGUUUUCCUGUGGCAAAUCGCAUCGAGCUGAUUCAUUUCCAGACUUGAGAGAGAUUAUUCUGAUCUCUUAACCUGAGUGAGCUUUAUCAUAUGAAUCCAAGCAGUCACAGAAUACAUAAUUCGUGAUGUGAGUUGAGGCAUCCAUAUUGCUGUCUUUGUAAAUAAUUUUAUUAAACCCUUUAUUUAAUAAAAAUUUAAAUGAAAAUCCUUUGGCAUGUUUCCUAAGGGGGUAUGUUUGUGUUACGGUCCAAAAAUGGGUGAAUAUUGAAUGAUUAACGUACAAUAAAUAAUAUAUUCUGGAAAUAAUGUUUAGU